UUUCUUGUGUGUGUCUAUGUGUCUAUAGGGCAUUGUUUUGUUGGAUGGGGCAUAGCAUCCGUGUCUUUGAUUUUUUUUGAGUCUGGGGGCAAUGGCGGGGUUUGAUUUUCUGGGGGCUGGGUUCUUGGGGCUUUUCAACCAUCGCAUGGUUACGGAGUGUAUAGCCCUAUGGGUGUCGAACUUUCUUGAUACUUCUGGUGUGUUAAUCAGAAUCCAAAGGUCUUUUUCUAUGGGGGGUUGUUAUUGUAGAUGUAGGUUGUUUGCUGCUGGCAGGUUCUGGCAUGCGUAUCAUCAACUGAGCAUGAUAUCUUAAUAUUUCCGGGACAUUUCGUAGAAGUUCCUAAGGUACUAGCUUGGAUUAUGUGGAGUUUGUAAAUGAUAUAC